AUUACUAUUACUUUUUCCGUCUUUUCAGGUGAACUUGGAUGCGUUUGCAAUGUUUCAUUUGAGUCAGAUUGCAGAAUUAUCGUUGAACUUGCAAUUCCGUGUGAGAAACCGGGCUCAUGAGUGUUUGAAGGAUUCACAGUGGGCUAUCAUCCACGGUCAUGGGAAAUUGUAUACAACGGCAUGAGUCAAUACGGUUACGAAAAGGCUUACAAGGACUACAGUUUUGAUACGGACCAGAGUCGUGUAUCUCUGUAUAUGACUGCAGUUGCUUCUCUUUCUCAAUUAGUUCAAAAACCAACUGUUACGGUUUCUCCUAAGACCGGUUUGGUUGUUACUUUGUCUGGCUCCGCCGCAGCAACAGGGAGUCCACCGACAACUUUGUCUCCAACGUUGUUGAAUGUCGAUUGCAGAUGUCAAACGGCACGUGAUGACCCGUAUGAGGUUCAGCUAACUAUACCAGUGGAGGGUUAUGAUCCCAUCCAAUUUAGUCUUACAAAAAUGUGCGAAUGCAAGCAAAAUGAAGCAGGAACAUCUUCGAAAGGAUGGGCUCUAUUUGGAAUCUUUUCUUGCAUUCACAUAUUUGAAGAUGGUUUAUUGUUAUUUACAAAAUUGAGGUGUUCAUUAACAAAACGCGGUGGAGCAGAUCCUUUGUCAUUUCAACAUUGUUUUGCUGCGGUGGCUUUAUUUACAAGACUCAAGUACAAAGACAAGCAAGUGAGUGGUGGGGGAGGUUACAUGCGAGCGGAUGAUUUUAAUGGUGCGUAUGCAAGUCAAGCCUCAUGGACCCGUGAACCUGUUUCGGAUGCAGGAUCUUCAAGAACAAAUGAGAGAAGAUAUGGGACCUAA